AUGGCGCGCCCCCCUCCCGCCGCGCCCGUCCUCCUCCUCUCCCUCCUCUCCCUCCUCGCGUCGCUCCCGCGUCAUCGCGCCGACGCGUACCCGACCAAGAUGAGCAAAGGAAAGUGCGGCGACGCGGCGCAUCCGCAGUUCGCCAUCAGGUGCGGUCCCUCGCUUUCAAUCCCCGCCUUCGAUGCCUUUGAACUCGAACUGACGCCUUUGAACACUACACCCCGACGUCGCUUCGUCCAGUUCCUCGUCACGUCGCGCGGCGCGUUCGUCGACCAGGGCGCGUACCUGGACGGCGAGCUCAUUCCCGCGGUCCCUGGGUCCGACUGCGACGGCCAGCGCGCGAACGUGCGGCUGACCGCGUCGUCGCACGCGCUGCUGUGGUGCGGGCCGACGGAUCCGACGGUGCGCGAGGCGACGUUCACGAUCACCUCCGCGAGCGGCAAGACGGGCCACUUCAUGCGGUCGUCGUUCACGCUGACGCGCGACGACUCGCAGAGGGACGUCCUCGCGGGAGCGCUCGGCGAGGGCGGCGGCGGCGUCUUCUGCGUCGCGGACGGCGGCGCCGAGGCGAGCGACUCGCGGUACGGCUUUCUGAUCGCGAUGGCAGUGAUCGUUGUCGUCCUGGGUAUCGUCGGCGGCGUCGUCGCGAGGCGGGUGAAGGGCAGACGCGAGGGGAAGGCGUUGUGGAGCGCGCUCGAGGAGGUUGAGGCGGAGGAGGGGCGAAGGAGCGAGGCGGAGGCGGCGGCGCGGGAGAGGCGCGAACGGCGGCGGGAUGGGAUGCAUCCCGACGGCUCCGAGGGCGUCGAGCUCGUCCCGGUGGAGGAGCCGCGGGAGCGGUAG